AUGGGUCGAAAAAAAAUUCUCAUCAAACGCAUUGACGAUGAACGAAAUCGACAGGUCACGUUCACCAAACGGAAAUUGGGCCUGAUGAAAAAGGCGUACGAGUUGAGCAUACUGUGCGAUUGUGAAAUCGCUCUGAUCGUGUUUACCAGUUCGCAAAAACUGUUCCAGUACGCCAGUUCCGAUAUGGACAAAAUUUUGCUCCGCUACACCGAAUUCAACGAGCCACACGAGUCGAAGACCAAUCGUGAUAUUGUGGAGGACGAGGUGAUUUGGUCGAAUCUUCUCACCAAACGAGCGCAAUAUCCAAACUGA